UCGGCUUUCCCUGCCGGUCCCGCCCUCCGUCGCGGCGGCGCGGUGCACCUUGGGAUAGGGAGCGAUCUCCGAGCGAGGUAGCAAGAUGGACGCGGGAUUCUUCCGCGGAACAAGUGCAGAACAGGAUAAUCGGUUCAGCAACAAACAGAAGAAGCUACUGAAGCAGCUGAAAUUCGCAGAAUGCCUAGAAAAAAAGGUGGACAUGAGCAAAGUAAAUUUGGAGGUUAUAAAGCCUUGGAUAACAAAACGAGUAACGGAAAUCCUUGGGUUUGAAGAUGAUGUUGUGAUUGAGUUUAUAUUCAACCAGCUGGAAGUGAAGAAUCCAGACUCCAAAAUGAUGCAAAUCAACCUGACUGGGUUUUUGAAUGGAAAAAAUGCUAGAGAAUUUAUGGGAGAACUGUGGCCCCUGCUCUUAAGUGCACAAGAAAACAUCGCUGGAAUCCCUUCUGCUUUCCUAGAACUGAAGAAAGAAGAAAUAAAACAGAGACAGAUUGAACAGGAAAAGUUGGCAUCUAUGAAAAAGCAAGAUGAAGACAAGGAUAAGAGGGAAAAGGAAGAAAAAGAAAGCAGCAGAGAAAAAAGGGAGCGGUCUCGAAGCCCAAGAAGACGCAAAUCCAGAUCUCCUUCCCCUAGAAGACGAUCUUCCCCUGUCAGGAGAGAGAGAAAGCGCAGUCAUUCUCGAUCUCCCCGUCACAGAACCAAGAGCCGGAGUCCUUCCCCUGCACCAGAGAAGAAGGAAAAAACUCCAGAGCUCCCAGAACCAUCAGUGAAAGUAAAAGAACCUUCAGUACAAGAGGCCACUUCUACUAGUGACAUCCUGAAAGUUCCCAAGCCUGAACCAGUACCAGAGCCUAAAGAACCUUCUCCGGAGAAAAACUCCAAAAAGGAAAAGGAAAAGGAGAAGACCCGACCAAGAUCUCGGUCGCGUUCCAAGUCAAGAUCCCGGACACGUUCUCGCUCUCCUUCUCAUACUCGACCGAGAAGGCGCCAUAGAUCCCGAUCAAGAUCAUACUCACCUAGAAGGCGGCCAAGCCCAAGAAGACGGCCAUCUCCUCGAAGAAGAACUCCACCGAGACGAAUGCCUCCUCCACCAAGGCAUAGAAGGAGUAGAUCUCCAGUGAGACGAAGAAGGCGUUCAUCGGCAUCCUUGUCCGGGAGUAGCUCGUCCUCUUCUUCAUCUCGUUCCCGGUCACCGCCAAAGAAGCCUCCAAAGAGGACAUCCAGCCCCCCUCGAAAAACUCGUAGGUUAUCUCCUUCAGCAAGUCCUCCGAGGCGAAGGCACAGGCCAUCACCUCCAGCAACUCCACCACCAAAAACUCGUCAUUCCCCAACACCCCAGCAGUCAAACCGUACGAGGAAAAGUCGUGUUUCUGUCUCUCCAGGGAGAACUUCAGGUAAAGUGACAAAACAUAAAGGUACUGAGAAAAGAGAGUCCCCUUCACCAGCACCCAAGCCUAGAAAAGUAGAGUUAUCUGAAUCAGAAGAAGAUAAAGGUGGCAAAAUGGCUGCAGCAGAUUCUGUGCAGCAGAGACGCCAGUACAGACGACAGAACCAGCAGUCUUCCUCCGAUUCUGGCUCCUCCUCUUCCUCAGAAGAUGAGCGACCCAAAAGGUCCCACGUGAAGAAUGGUGAGGUAGGCAGGCGGCGGAGACAUUCCCCUUCCCGGAGUGCCUCUCCAUCACCUCGAAAGCGCCAGAAAGAGACUUCCCCUCGGAUGCAGAUGGGAAAGCGAUGGCAAUCGCCAGUGACUAAAAGUGGUAGACGGAGGAGAAGUCCCUCCCCACCGCCUACCAGAAGGCGACGUUCUCCUUCUCCUGCUCCUCCGCCUCGUCGACGCAGGUCUCCCACACCACCACCACGACGAAGGACUCCUUCUCCUCCCCCACGUCGUCGCUCACCUUCCCCAAGAAGAUACUCUCCUCCAAUACAGAGGAGAUAUUCUCCUUCUCCACCUCCAAAGAGAAGAACGGCUUCACCCCCUCCCCCUCCUAAACGAAGGGCAUCACCGUCUCCACCACCAAAGCGUCGGGUCUCACAUUCGCCACCCCCCAAACAAAGAAGCUCCCCAGUCACCAAGAGACGUUCGCCUUCGUUGUCAUCAAAGCAUAGGAAAGGGUCUUCCCCGAGCCGAUCUACCCGGGAGGCCCGGUCACCACAACCAAACAAACGGCAUUCGCCCUCACCACGGCCUCGAGCUCCUCAGACCUCCUCAAGUCCUCCAGCUGUUCGAAGAGGAGCAUCAUCAUCACCCCAAAGAAGGCAGUCCCCGUCUCCAAGUUCUAGGCCCAUUAGGAGAGUCUCCAGGACUCCGGAACCCAAAAAGAUGAAAAAAGCUGCCUCACCAAGCCCUCAGUCGAUAAGGAGGGUCUCAUCUUCCCGAUCUGUCUCGGGAUCUCCUGAGCCAGCAGCUAAAAAACCCCCAGCACCUCCAUCCCCUGUCCAGUCUCAGUCACCCUCUACCAACUGGUCACCAGCGGUACCGGUUAAAAAGGCUAAAAGCCCAACACCAAGCCCAUCACCGGCAAGGAAUUCAGACCCAGAAGGAGGUGGAAAGAAAAAGAAGAAAAAGAAGGACAAGAAACACAAAAAGGAUAAGAAGCACAAGAAGCACAAAAAACACAAGAAGGAAAAGGCUGCAGCUGCAGCUGCUGUAACUCCCGUAACCCCUGCAGCCAUUGCUGCUCCCACAACCGCGUCAGCACAGGAAGAACCAGAGGCAGAGCCAGAGCCUAAGAAGGAGACUGAAAGUGAGGCUGAAGAUAACCUUGAUGACUUAGAAAAGCACCUGCGUGAAAAGGCCCUGAGAUCAAUGCGGAAGGCUCAAGUGUCCCCACAGUCCUAGGUGGAAAUGUUUGUUAUGAUGUAAAUUUUAUUUGGUUUGUACGCAAUUCAGUUUCAAAAUUGCUAAAAAUGUGUUUGAGCUUUAGACUAUAACAUUUGUUGUAAUAAUUGCUAGGUUGAAGUUCACCAUGUAAAAAAAAAAAAGGGCAUGGAUUUACAUUGCAAAAGGUGUCCACAGUGUAUUAGUGACAUUCUUUCAUUGACAGCUGACAUAAAUUCAUUUAGAGUGAAAUAUUCUAAGCCAAAAAAAAAAAUCCCCUUUUUAAAAAAGGGGGUUUAAAUAUUGUUGGCAUUCUUAUGGUUCCUUUAAAUGCCCCUGUCUAUUCCCAGAGGUUUUUCUUUCUACUUUUUCUUUCUUUUUUCCUUUUUCUCAUUUGAGUCUUAGCACCCAUUUAAGUUAUGAUGCUUCCAACCUUGUAUGGUUUUUGCAAGCUUUCCCAGAAAUAAGA